UCCGGGGGCUCCCAUGGAGCAUCUCCUCCCUCGGGGGCUGUUCCCACCCGGCUGCGCCCUCUGAGCCUUUCCCGCCCGGCAGGAGCUGCUCCCAGGGCCCAAGAUGAGCUGCCUGCAGACCAGCUCCCUGCUGCUGUGCGUGGUGGCCGCCGCUGCCAUGCCCACGGUGCCCUGGAGGGUGAGGUGCCCCCCUCAGUGCGUGUGCCAGAUCCGGCCCUGGUACACGCCCCGCUCCGUGUACCGGGAGGCGGCCACGGUGGACUGCAACGACCUGUUCAUCUCCUCUGUGCCCCGGGACCUGCCCGAGGGCACCCAGACCCUGCUCCUGCAGAGCAACAACAUCGCCAGGCUGGAGCAGAGCGAGCUGGACUACCUGAGGAACCUCUCGGAGCUGGACCUGUCGCAGAACAGCUUCUCCCACGUCCGGGACUUGGGGCUCCAGGACAUGCCCCAGCUGCUCAGCCUGCACCUGGAGGAGAACCAGCUGUCCGAGCUGCCCGACAGCAGCUUCCCCGGGCUGGGCAACCUGCAGGAGCUGUACCUGAACCACAACCAGCUCCGCAGCAUCGCCCCCCGCGCCUUCGCCGGCCUGGGCGGGCUCCUGCGCCUAAAUGGCUUUAAACUGUAA